UCUAGAUUGAUUUUGAGCGGGAAAUAAAUAAAUUUAGGUUACCUUUACCUGUUUGAAAUGUUAUUUUUAUUUUUAAAUUAUUAACUACAGGCAUUUACUUUUCUAUAUAAGUACUUGAUAAACUGUUAAGCGUUUUAUUUAAAAAAAUGUUUGCAGAAAAAGCAUGCAGUCUCAUAAAAGAACUAUCCCGUUGUGAAGAAGGUCUUCCUCCAUAUAAUAUCGAAUUAGUAAAAGAAGUCUGUACUGAAAUUAAACAAUUACACGAACAAAAUAAAGAAGAUGGUGCAAUUGUAGCCAACGAAUCUGAAAUUGCUGGUAAUGUGAAUCCUCUCUAUCCAACAUUAAGAAUUGGCAGUGCUGCUGUUAAAAGAAAUAUUAGAUGCCUUCUAGCAUAUCACUAUAACAGAUUAAGAACGUUAAGAACAAUGAGAUGGCAGUUUGGAAGCAUUUUACCACCAGAUAUUAAAACUAAUUUAAGCUCAGAUGAAAUAGAUUGGUUCUCAAAAUAUUCCAGCUGCUUGGGGAAAUAUAUGAGAUCUAUAGGUGAAGAUGGACUAAAUUUAUGUUUAGACUUACGGCCUCCUAAGUCCCUCUACAUUGAAGUUAAAUGUUUAAUAGACUAUGGUAAAUUUGAACUAUCAGACGGCACUGUUUUGCUUUUGAAAAAAGACAGCAGGCACUAUUUGCCGAGGAGUGAAUGUGAAGAACUUAUUACACAAGGUGUUUUUCAUCAUAUUGUUUAAAUGUAUUGUUUUAAUAGAUCUAUAU